AUGAGCGGAGGCACUACAACCACCCAGAACCUAUCGUUUGUUCUUGAAGGAGUCCACCAAGUCAAAUUCGAAGACAGGCCUAUUCCCGAGCUUCAAAACCCCCAUGACGUUCUCAUAAAUGUUAAAUUUACUGGUAUCUGCGGUAGUGAUGUCCACUACUGGGAGCAUGGCUCUAUUGGCCAGUUCGUCGUGAAAGAACCUAUGGUUUUAGGACACGAGUCAUCUGGUGUAAUUCUUAAGGUUGGUUCCAGUGUCACGACCUUGAAGGUGGGAGAUCAUGUUGCUAUGGAACCGGGCAUACCAUGUCGUUACUGCGAUCCAUGUAAAUCCGGUAAAUACAACCUCUGUGAGCAAAUGGCCUUCGCUGCCACUCCACCUUAUGACGGUACUCUUGCCAGGUACUAUGUUCUGCCCGAAGAUUUCUGCUACAAGCUUCCGGACAACAUCACCUUGCAAGAGGCUGCAGUAAUGGAGCCUCUUGGUGUUGCUGUGCACAUUGUAAAACAAGCCGGUGUCAGCCCUGGCCAAUCAGUGGUUGUUUUCGGCGCUGGUCCGGUGGGAUUGUUAUGUUGUGCUGUGGCAAAGGCUUUCGGCGCCUCGAAAAUUAUUGCUGUGGACAUCCAGAAGAAAAGGCUAGAGUUUGCUGAGAAAUAUGCUGCAACUGCAACAUUUGAGCCCGCGAAAGUUCCUGCAUUUACGAACGCGAGACAAAUAAUCAAUGAGAAUGGGCUAGGAGCGGGAGCUAAUGUCGUGAUCGAUGCCUCAGGCGCGGCAGCUUCGAUCCACACUGGUAUCCACGCUGUUCGACCCGGAGGCACGUACGUGCAGGGUGGCAUGGGCCUGAGCGAGAUAAACUUUCCAAUAAUGGCAGCCUGUACAAAGGAGCUCAAUGUAAAGGGCAGUUUCCGCUAUGGUAGCGGCGACUAUAGGCUCGCUAUUGAUUUAGUUGCUUCCGGUAAAGUCAAUGUGAAGGAACUGGUUACCGGAAUCGUUAAGUUCGAAGAUGCUGAGCAAGCUUUUAAGGAGGUUAAGGCUGGAAAUGGCAUUAAGACGCUUAUUGCUGGUAUCUGA